GCUCAUCAUUGAUGACGACGUAAACGAAGCUGCUAGACUAUUUUUGUGCUUCCUUCACUGCAGGAUUGCGAUUGCGAUUCAUACAGAAGUAAGUUUCGUAUCGAGCAGUCGGCAAGCUAUAAAUAGGGUGCAGUUUAAGUUUUUGAUGUCAAGUAUUUUUGACAAUACUAGCAGGAGUUUGCUAGUAGUAUGCGCUUCUGAAGAAUACGAGCUAGAAAUACAUCUAUGGCAAUCCUCCGCCAGUACAGAGAAUCUCUUCCCUUUGAAUGGAUGAUCGCUCAACGGUACUACUGCUGUACUAGUUUCUCUGCGUUAUAUUCCAGCUUGCAGCAAUAGCAAUACGCAACCAAAACGGAUAGGUGGAAGGAACUUCUGCGCCACCAGAUAUCCGUACUUCAGAUGUCCCGCUAUUGUGUCGAGCUAUGCCAGAAAUUUCAGGUACAAAUUGCUUAUUGCAGCUUCUGUUGAACGUAGUACCACAAGCCCGACACAAAAGAACGAAAAGGAAAACCGGUGUUAACGCCACCGUACUUUCCGGGCAAUCACCUUGAAGUGUGCAAUUGGACCAACAAGAACACUUUUGAUGUGUAUAGAUUAAUAUGUUACUCUUUUCUAUUUCACCACAUCGUAACAGGUAAGCUCGGUACACCAGCUCACGUGGUAUCACAGUUGCAAUUCCAAGGCGAAGUUGGCACAAGCACUGCGAUCCGACGUUCAUUUAAUCGAGGCGGAUGUCACGCUCGGAACUUACGAAGAAACCGAAGGCACCGAGGAUGUGGGCUUCUUCGGCGGUGCGAACAAUAAGCAACAGGGCUCGUCGACUCCCGGCGGCGCUUCGUCGUCGCGAAAGAAGAAAACGUCCUCGGACGUGGUCGUCGGUUCUAGUGUGGCCUCCUCCAGCGUUGCCUCCGUCGCAUCUUCCUCACGCGCCGCGCCCGUACGACUGAAACGGGCGCCCGAAGGAGAUGCGGUGCCGGAUGAAGACCCGAAUUACAACCUCCCGCUGCAAGCUGCCGCAGGAGCAAAGUCAUCCAACGUUUUGGGAGAAGAUACCCGGCGCACGCAGAGCGCGGACAACCUGCUUCUGGCAGGAAGCGGGACUACUACAGGCGGUAUGAUUUCUACUGCGGGUGGUGGUGGUCCGCAUGAUCCGAACAAUAAGUUCGCCUCGCCGAUGGAUGACGCGGAUGAAGAAACGCCUGUGCACGAUCCAGAGUCGUCACUAAGUCCCCCCCUGGCGCCGCCGCUGCGAAAACUCUCCGGCGAGGGGGAAGGCUUCGCACCACCGAUGCUGACCGGCGACGGGCCCUCGGCAAGCAGCACCGCCCCUGCUGUACCCCAGUCCAAAGCCGUCAGUGCCGCGUCGCGCCGCGGCGUAUCCUUCGAUCCGCAAACUCGGGCACUGCCGCCGAGUGCAACUACCGUGCAACCGAAUAAUAUUAACGCUCCCCUAAUAUCCAGCUCGGACCCCGCCCUGGCAGGACUACACAAACCGAAGGCAAAUAAACCGAGACCACCCCCCGGAGCACCCCCAAGUUCUGCGGGAACACGACUUGCGGUCCGAGACGACCGCACCGUGAUCAUGGCGCACCCUCCCAGCCGGCGGAGCAAUCUGACGCUCGAGCAGUUUGUGCGCAAGAUCUGCCACUACAACUGCAUGGUGGACCCCACGCUCGUGCAGGGCCGGCGGACCGAGGUGAUCCGCGGCAACACGACGCUGCUGGAGGGAGUGGAGAUCCCCAACAACAUUUCCUUCAUCACGGAGGACGAAGACCGCGACCUCCGCGAACUUCUGGAAGAAAGCUCCAGCGCCGACGGCAAUUCCGACACGCGGUCGCAGUCCUCGUCCACGAGCGGCCAUCAUGGCAUCCUGCUGAUGAACGAGGAACUCCAGGAGCAUUUGGGUAUGAACACCGUGGAAAAGAGAACACGGCGAAGGCCCAAGGGCAUAAAACUCGACUUCAAAGACCUCGCAGCCGUGAAACCCGCCAUCGAGCUGCUCAUGCGCAUGAACGUGUGGGCGCAGGUAAAAUUUUUUUAUGAUUUUCUGUUAGUGGACUUGAGAACACUCGCACACACUUACACACGUUUGCUCCACUGAGCUCGUUAUCGACAGCAGAUGAAUUCUCUCAAUUGCAAGUAAGCAAGCAAGUGACGCAAGUCUCUUGCUGCGUUACAUCCUGUAGGUUCAAUUCAUCAAGUUUCAGGAUGUGACGAAAUUGCGUAUGACCGCAACCCGCCAGAAUGUGACUGAAUUGCGUAUGGCGCAGACAGUCACUGUGAUCAUUCUGCUUGUGCCUGUUUUGCGUAUGACGCAAAUAGGCACCUUGAUCACUUUCCUCUUGAAUUUCAUGGGAUUCCUUCUAGAUCAUUUACAUCCUUCUGGCACUUUGUGACCGUUUUGCGUAUGGUCCAGGAAGUGCCUCAAUUGUUUCUACUUCUGCUCUAGUGGGUGCAGUGUGAUUGUUUUGCGUAUGGCGUAAACAGUCACUAUGCUCACUGUCGUCAAUCUGGGCAAUGUGACUGGAUUGCGUAUGGCCUUAGUGCCAUCGCGUUACCAGUCAGAUCUAGUCAAUUUCUCAUCAUCUUCUCUGUCAUUUCAUCACGGAACAGGCUUCAUUUGGGGCGAUCGUGCUACGUGUGUGCGGGAUCGAUUUCCAUGGCCAACAUUUUCGUAGUGUUUCUAGACGCGCCUAGAAGUGGCGAAUACUUGUAUCGGAAACUGAACUAGAGAGCGAAAAUGCUACCUAUAUGCACCCGAAAAAGAGGGCGACGGUCUCGAAUCGCGUCAAGUCUUGAUUCGGACUUUUCCAUGGUUCAACACUUCAGAUAGUUUUAGUAGAGAUUCUCAAAAGAUGAGAAAAUAAAAACAGGUUGUGUGUGUUUGGCUGAACGCUGAUAUAGCCGCGGGACCCGGUUGCCUUCCCCUGAUGCCGAACUGGGUGCUGGACGGCAGGAAAUUUUUACAGCGUUGUUGCCGUAUUCCAGACGUCGUUCUGUCGCUGGGUUGGAUCUCCACGGAGUUUGCCGUCACCCAGCACUACACGCAGCGCAUGAUAAACGACAUGCUCGAGCUUGUGCAGCGCCCGUUUUUGCGGGGGAAGGACACCUUUCUGUACACCCCCGCGGCCAUCGCGCACCACAUCACGUUUUGUGUGCAGGCGAAGUACGCCCUCGCGAGUCAACCGGUCCUGAAGCAACUCCUGGAGCUGGUCCCUUCUUCGUCGCUUACCGUCUAUACGGGCACCAUGACCACGGGGAUAACCCCUGACGACCUGCAAGCGAUCGAGGAAAACUUUGACACUACCCGCCUCUUUGUCGAUGUCUACACGCGCGCAGACGCGACCUCCAAGGGCAAGAAGGUGCAGAGCUCAUUGGGCACAGAACGCUGCGCCCUCAUGUAGUUGUGCACGUGAGGAUCAUGAACUUGAACAGGAGCAGUGUACUAGUUGUAUCAACCUGCUCGGCAGUCCAAUGAGAAAUUUUCACAGAUACCGCUCCCCCCGAGCGGCCUCAAAGCGACAUUUUCCUAGACAGAUUCUCUGUUGACACUCCAUGGGCACAAAUGUCAGUCUGGUUGAAGAAACAUCAUCCAGGUUGACUAUCCUGCACCUUUCAUCAUAGUUUCAGCCUGCUACAUUGGUUGCCAAAAAUGCCGGUUUGACCACAAUGACCCACGACGAUUGAAAACGACACGCGAGAACGCAACUUUUCCGAAGGCGACGAAGUCUUCAACAUUCACAUUUUUUCAAGAAGUAGAGCCAACACAGCAACAUUACUCCAGCAAACGCCGGCCUUGGUCACAGUGGUUCGUGAACAUAAUCGACAGAAACUAUACUGAUGUUCGCACACAAUCCUAGUUUGGAUCACUUUUUCCAGCCGAUCGUCCGCAGCGUUGUAGUGUAGUUGACUACUCGAAUUAUGCGAGGACAAGCGAAGCAUCACGUCUGUCUUCUCGACAAGAAGAACCUUUUCAUCCACCAAAC